GUGGAAGCCGCGAAGUUCAAGACACACGGCUGGGCAUCCCCAUAUACGCAUUCUCAGUGCACCUGGCGGACAGCAUUGUGGUCACAGUGGGCUACGUCGGAUACUUGGAGUGCCUCGUGGCUUGGUCCGGGAGCCUCCCUUGGCCGUGGGCCGUGACGGUCAACUGGAGCCUGGGUCCCGAAGACCCGACCAGCUGGGCGUCCGUAGCCAUUUUGGCUCAAGCCGUUUUUGGCUCGAGUGAGUCUGCGGUGGAGUCACUCUGUGUGCCCAGCAGCAACUGGCAGCCACAUGGUAUCUGCACAUAUUCGGUUUGUACUCCUGUUUUCCACCUUAGUCGGCCGUGGUGUGGGAGAGACAGUUAACAUCGUCAACACGAAUUAUGAGUUGUCAUGGGUGCGCAAUCUCACUGGACUCGACCAUGCAGGAUACGCAUUCAUCUCAGAUGUCCUCCCAGGUAAGCUUGUGCUCACGCAGUUUGGGGCCGCGCCAUUUUUCGGCAAGUCGCUCGUGAGUCUCGUGGACCUUGCUGCAGAGUCACAUGCACCACUGGCGACUAACAUCGACUGGCCCAAUGAGGCAACCAUCGUCGACGAGACAGUAUUCGGCUUCAAAGCUGUCAUUGUUGGAGCCGGCUUCCUCGUCCCAAGCCACACCACCGGUGGAAUUUGGGUCAUGGAGGCAUCGGAGGAGCCAGUGCACCUUACGGAGCCAGUGAAAAUCACUAAAGAUAUGAAUAAACCGUUCAGGCCUGACUCUGGCUGGUUCUACCAUAAAGCAUCUUUGGUGGACAUGAAUGGCGAUGGUCUCCUCGAUAUUGUCACAUCCAGAGCAGAAUUUUCCGUGGAAUCCUGGAACGACAAGCGAGGGAAAUUCGUUUGGCUCGAGCAGCCCAAAGCUGACGCCCUUAGCGGCCAGCCUUGGGCGGAGCACGAGAUAGCAGAUGGCCCUGACUUCAUCUUCUCUCUUAAACCCGCAGCAGCUGGUCUGUCCAGUGAUGGUACGCAGGCUACACAGAUCGAGGCAUGUGCUGCCGAGUUCAUUGCUAAGAGGGUGCAGUUUAUCUCGGGUUCAGAGGCCACUGGCUACAAGAGUCGGGUUGUGGACGACCAGUCAGGGCCUGGUUUCGGCUGUAUGUGGUCCGAUUUGAACGGUGAUGGGAAGCUUGAUAUAAUCGCAACGAACCAUCUCAACCAGAACGGAUCUGUCUAUGCAUAUUCUUGGGAUGGGGAUCUCAAGGAUGAGGCAACUCAGAUUCACAAGCAUGUCCUCGCCACCGGAUUUAGUGCAGCAACGACAUCAGCGGGUCAAGCUUCGCCAGGCGAUGCUAUUCCAUUCUUUAUAUCGACGAAAGACCAUCAAGGUAAGCCAUGUAUUUUCGUCUCUGGUGACAAUGGGAACGACAUUUAUAUUCUCGUCCCAAUGGCACCAACUGAUCCCAACGAUUGGACUUACGCAAAACAGCGCUUGGCAUUUCUUGGCGCUGAUGUUGGCCGCAUCGCGAUUGCCGAUACUGAUGGAGACGGAUACAACGAGUUGUUCAUUCCUGCAUAUGAUCUCGGAAUGUUGGUGCACUACAAAUUCGGUCCAAAGUCAUUCCAUACAGUUGUAGUGUAAGCUGACGCAGCCUGCGAGCGUAUUGUCAGGCUGUCUUGUUUUUCCCCAGGCAGUGCUCACACGUACGGCUCCCAGUUUGCGUUCUUUACUCUGCAUUGCUCUCACCACAAAGUUCACACCGCAUAGGUGUCACCUCCUCUGUGCAAGAUCUCACUGUUUGUUGUCCACGCUGGCUAAUUUAUUUUUCCGCAUUGCAAGGACAGUGUAGAUGUUCUACCGGCCAUUCUUUUCGUCGUAAGCGGCAGUCGUGCUCAAGGGGGCGCACUGGGAGCUCACGUCAUUGCAUUACCCUGGCCGAGCUGUACAAAAAAAAGACCCGACCAGCUGGGCGAAACUGGAUUUUUUAUCUGCGGGGCGAGAGCGAACCUCUUCCGCUAAAAGCUAGGCGGGCUGCGCACAGCUUUAAUUAGGGAGACAGGUUGUGUGUAUUUAUUUGUGUGUCCUUGGGCCUCUUUAACAUCAAGAGCCAGGCUAUCGAGAUGGGCUUCUCGCCGGUCCUGCAGCACGCCCUGUGCUCGGGCGCCGCCUGCCGAGGUGGGCGGUCCAGCGAUCGACGCCAACGCUUUCACCAACGGGACGACGGCAGCAGGAUGCUCAUGCGCAGUCGGAGCGGCGAAGCUCCUCACCCACGCCCUGCUGAAGCGCGCAGCCACUGGCGCCUUCCCUCGAUCACCA